CGAAAGGCCGUACUAAUGAUUUGGAAACCGAAAUGAUGCAGAAGCUGGAUGCUCUGAUGCAGAGUAAAAUUCUCGAAAAAUUCAAUUCCGAACUGGAAGCAAAGAUGAAAGAAUUCAAUAGUGGGAACGCGAAUCAGAAUCAACAGAACACUCCUGACUCCACUUCCGCAGCUGGCCCCUCUAUGACUUUUUUCGUGGGCAACAACAGAAGUCUAGCGGGGCAGCCUGUAGUGGAUCCAGUAAAUCAACCGCUCAAAACAACGUUUCAAGCAACUCCAGCGUCGGCUCCCAUGGAUGACCUUAACGCAGUAUCCUCUUCCCCCCUUCCCGCUGCAGUCGGCAACGUGACUCGUGGUCGUGCACAAAUUGAUGAUACUUUCCACGCACUGCCGAAAUCGGUUUCUCCCCGUUCGAUUUGGAAUGAAUACCGGCUGCCGGAACAGAAUGGGGCGAACCGAAAUGGAUACUGGAACAGAAUGGGCCGAGCAGAACCGUCACCCACUCCGAUGGCUGGAAAUGCGUGGCUGCCAAAUAACAUGCGCAACGCUCGACGUUAUUCUGCUUUUGAUAAAGGCCGCUACAUUGCGGCAAAGUAUGGAUUCUACUUCCCAGAAAAUUUGGCUGCCACCGGAAAGUCCUCAGGGUCAGCGGAACCGAGAUCUAUCCAAUUAUCCAACAAAAGUUCCGAUCCAGCUGGAUUGGAAACUGUUCAAGGUCAUUCCUCAUCGGAUUCCAUUCGCGCAGGUCGCUCAAAGACACGAUUCACAUACAUUUGAGUCUCAGGAUAAUAAACGUAAAUGAACUACAAGUACGUGCUUGGAAAUGCAGGCGUAACCGGACAAAAUUUCCUCCGCCUUUGAAUCCGGGACAGGUUUAAAAUUUUUCUAGUAUUACUAUG